CAAGGCGAGGGUAAGUCAGGUCAGCCACACAGAUGCGAUCACCGAUCUGAGGCAACGAAGGUUAAAUAUACCUUAAACUUGCUUUAUAGUCUAUUCUUUAAGCCAUCGGCGGAAUGUCGCUAUUUUUCAGAUAAGUUCCGCCGGCGAGAAUCAUACCAUUUAGCCGUUUUGCAGCGUUUUUUUUAUUCCAGCGGAUCAAGGGCUUUCAGCUUCCGCAUCUCUAAGGGAGAAUGUUUGGCACAGUGGUAGUGGGGGUCGGGACGGCGGGCAGGGUGAGGAUCCGGGACCUGCUCUCCCCCCUGCCCAGCAGUGCUGCUGAGAAGAUGACCGUCAAGGGCUUCGUGUCCAGGAGGCCACUGGAAGAGCAGCAGGGGGUGAAGCAGAUUCCCCUGGAGGAGGCCCUAGGCAGAGAGGACAUUCAGGUCGCCAUUGUGUGCACUGAGAACGUGUCUCACGAGGAGUAUAUCCGGAAGUUUCUGGAGGCUGGGAAACACGUGUGUGUGGAGUAUCCCAUGAGCCUGAGCUACGCCGCCGCCAAGGAACUCUGGGAGCUGGCAGAACAAAAGGGAAAGGUGCUCCAUGAGGAGCACAUUGAGCUCUUGACAGCCGACUAUAAGCAGCUAAAGAAGGAUGUGGCCGGGAAGAGCCUUCAGGAAGGAACCCUUCACUUCACAGGAGGGCCUGUGCCGUCCGGUUUUGGGUUCAUGGCCUUCAGCGGCAUCGCCCGCCUAACCUGGCUGGUGGACCUGUUCGGAGAGCUGACCGUCACCUCUGGCAGCAUGGUGGAGGACAGGGAAAAGCAGCACAUGAAGAUGACCGCACAGUUUCUCACCCAGGAGCAAAGGCAGCUCACCUGGAUCGAGGAGAGGGGUCCUGGGCUGGGCAGGAUGAAGAACAUCAACUUCCGCUUUGACUCGUGCGCCAUGGACCGGCUGCCGGAGGCCCCCCGGGAGCCCGUGGGGCUCUUCAUGCAGGAUCUUAACCUCUUCGGGCAGAAGCUGUUGGGGCAAGUUCCGCCAGAGCAGCUGCGGGCAGAGCGCAGGCGCGUCCUACACUGCCUGCAGCUCGCAGACCGCAUCCAACAGCUGUGCCAACCACCAGCACAGGGCGGCGUCUAGACGGAGCCCGGCUGCGCAGCUGCAUCCCCAGCUGCGCAGCCAGAGCCCGUCUGCGUAGAGGGAGCCUGACCCAAUUUAUCCCGGUUCUGUCUACGCAGAUGCAUAGGCGGGGCACCCAAGCUGAGGCUGCCAUCCAUAUCACCGGCAGUAAUGAACUUUACAUAUUUCCUGCGUGUUGACAUGGCACUCUGUUUCCCUAAUGUCACCCCAGGCAGCUUGGAGGGUUGUUCAGUACCGCACAGCUCUAGUGUUGAGCCUUUCUGAGAUUAUGCGGCAGUACACUUUAGAAGUUAAUUAGACUCUCUGAGACGCACAAUUUGGCAGGAACAGAUGUGGUCAAAGCAAAUGCAGCAAAAACUCUGGUUUUCUUAGAGAAAUUAAAAAACAUUUAAAUGUCUGACUAAAACAACUAACCAGUAGUAUUCAUUGUUGGCAAAUCUCAGUAAAAGUGAACAGAUUACUUUGUUACUGAUUUAUUUAUUAAUCCAUGCAUAAUCAAGUCAUUUGUCUUUUAUGGAAUUCUUCUAACCAUUUUUGUCUUAGGUCAUUUUGUUAUAUAAUGUUUUUGAAAUGGAGAUUUUCAUAAAGCACUAAACAUAUUGUCUUUUUGAGAGGGAAUUGAAGGGAAAAAAAACAGAAAAUCCAGGGCCAAUUGGGGAGAAAAACUGGAAAAUUAUUCCUGGACCCCAGGAAAAAGGCAUUGAGUAACUCAUGUAAAAUAGAGGCAGUUUACUGUCACAGAGAUGGCUUGGUGGCCUUAGGGGACCUUUAUUUCUUAACACUGGCUAUAAAGAUUGUUGUUUUUUUAGUUAAGACCUAAAAAGUUAAGAUUGUGUUUGACUCCCAGACAAAAUUUGGUAUGCUGCUCCAUAAUUGAGGGGCUCUGUGUAUCAAGUUUCUACCACCAGAUUUAGUUUUUUUCUAUUUUUGCAACCAGCAAUAAGGUAGCCUCAAGGUUUUGAGUAGUUUUAGAAGAGGUUGGACUCUUGUAAAGAUAAAGAGUGAAGAAGUGUGUGAGAGGAUGAGUAUAUCACCUUUUAUUUGUUCUAUUUUUUUUAUCAAAACUUGAAUCUAGGUUUUAUUUUCCUUGAUUGAAAAUUCGGACAAUAUAGAUGAUGGAAGGGUAUGACAGUAGUUAAAAAGACUGUCAGAAAUGAGAGAAUCCCUUUGGUUUUGUUGAGGGUUGCUUGCAUUUCACUGUACAUCAUCUUUGUUUAAGGGAAUGUGUGUGGGCUGUAUGCCAAGGACCACGUUUUUCUGACUGGCUUUUUCAUCCUGAGAGUUGCAACGAAAGGCUGUAGAAACCUCACCCCCAUGGCCAAAUUAGCAAGGUUGCUGUCAGCUGGAAUACUCAUCAGGGUUGGCCCUCUUCAGGGUUGUAUUUUCCUCCCAUCUCUGCCAGGUUUUGGAUAGAUUAAAUAUACUUAUCUCGUUCAUGAUCAUUUUGUUCAGAACACUUUAUUUUACUGUUUUUGUGCAGGUCGCACAUUUAAGGGAAAUGAUAUAGCUUGUCAAAGAUGUUCCGGGUAAAACUGAGACCCCCCCCCCCAGUCCUGAAUAGGCUAUUAAAGUGGUCUUGCAAUGCGUUUUUAUUACACAACAGGAAUUCAACUCACUGAAGUAGUCUGUUCUGAUAGCUUUUUUCAUAUUUUCCUGAAAAAUAAAAAACUGACACAAACAGAGACAAAACGAAGAAUUGAAUAUUUAUGGCGAUUUUAUUCACCAGCACCAAUGCUACAUGCAGGUUAGUUGGUUAGUAAUUUAGUGUAUAGAGGGUGCAUGGGGGAAUAAAGGCAAACAAAUGCCCGUGUUUGGAUUGUAAAGGUAGAUGCUGUCCUGUCACUCAGCCAUCAUGCUGACCAGAGGCCUGUUUCAUAUUUCUUAAUUGGUAGCGUAGGAGUCCUGUCUCUAGAGUCUCGCAAUCUGCCUGUGACAUGUCAGUCUGCUAUGGCUGACAGGUGGUGGUGCUGUUCACAGGAACCUGAUACAUUUUGAAGCAUUACACUGAAAGCAUUUUGUUCAGGCUUUAUUAUUGCCCUGUCUUGUAGCCUCAUAUCCAUCUCUUUCAUAUUGUGUAGUGUGUGCACAUUCUGGAUAUGCAUUUAAUGUACUGGAGUUCCAGACAGGACACUUGACACCAUAGCCAUGAGCAAGGGUACAGUUCAAAUGGGUUAAAAAUGAAUGACAUGUAAACUGAAUUGUAAUCCACUCUGUAUGUGCUAAGUAAAUAUAACCUGCAUGUAUAAAUGUUUUACUGUGUUUUAUACAGGGACCUGCCUGGUUAUUUCCAAGGCACUCCCAGCCUUUCAUUACUCUUGUCUCAUCCAGGAAUCAUUUUCAGUGAGCCUCUGAAUUCACCGCGACGUCACCACACGGUGCUGUGGUCAGAACACAAGCACUGUGUCACAAAUGGCAGCAUCUAUACACUUAACUGUAACAAUUUCCAUACAGGUCCGGUCUCAAACACCUGUGGAGAAAACCAGUUGCUACUAGCGGACGUUUUGAAGAAAAACACGUAUUAUUUAUGUCGUAGUGGCUUUAGGUCUCUGUUUG